CAAUCAAAGCAAAACCCUUUCUGGAUUCGUAUUUCUCAACCAAAACCUAAAUUCAUUCCAAACCUUUUCCGAAACUCUUUGCAAAUCUUUUCCAAAGUUCAUCCUCAAACGCUUGAAAAUGUCCAACAAAAAGGAACUUUUCCAUGCCACAUCCUUCACCAACGAGAAGAGCACCAUGGGCACUGCUUCGCCGGGCAGGGAGUUCCUCAAGAAACUGUUAGGCAAGACCGUGCGAGUGGUGCUCGAGGAUAAGCUCAUUCUCAUUGGUAUCCUUAGCUGCACGGACCGUGAUCAGAAUCUAAUACUCUCCGAUUGUGCCACAUUCCUCAACGAGGGAGAGGAGCCCAUUUCCAGGGGAGAUGUGAUGGUCCCAGGGGAGAAAAUAUCCAAGAUUUCGAUUCCGAUACCAUUAAAUAUGCAGAAAGUUGAAAAACCCAAAGCGGAGAACAAGAAGAAGGAAGAGCAACUGCCUGAAGAGAAAGGGACCGACAAGAUGGAGUCGCAGGAGAAAGAGGACCAGGAAAAGGCAGCAGAGAAGACCCACUUGAAGGAGGAUUAGAAGAAAGAGAGACAAGGAAAAGAAGCAGAGAAGAACGAGUGCAAGAAGAAGAGAGAUAGAAGAACGUAGCUCGAUAGAAGGAAGGAGAGCUAGAAGAAGAAAGGCAGGAAAGAAGUAGAAGGAGAAAAAGAAAAAGAAGGAGAAAGUGAAUCCUGAAAUGGAGAAUAAAAAGCCGAAAUUGAAAAAUAUCGAUUAUUCUAUCGUUUCAAAAUUGCUGUCAGAAAUUACGGAAUAUCGAUUGAAAAUAAA